AUGGCUUUUCUGAGUAAAUUCGGAAACAUAUUGAAGCAGGCCAAUGCUCGUGGCUCUGUAUCAAGCCCUACGCUUUUUCAAGCGAUAAGGAGCAUGUCAUCUUCUAAGCUCUUUAUUGGAGGUAUGGAGUAUGGUAUGAAUGAGGAUAGCUUAAGAGAAGCUUUCAGCAAAUACGGUGAAGUUGUGGAAACAAGGGUUAUUUUGGACCGUGAAACUGGUAGGUCAAGGGGAUUUGGGUUUGUGACGUUUACCUCUGCAGAGGCGGCAUCUAGUGCUAUUCAGGCUUUGGAUGGGCAGGAUCUCCAUGGCCGUGUUGUUAAAUUUGGUGGAAACCCUGUUGGCAACAGCUCUCAGUUUGGUGUUGGUGGCGGUGAUGCUCAGUUUGGAGGCAUGGAGAAAACUGAGAUGGAGAAUGGACCAGUGGGAGGUUUUGAAGAUGACACUGAUGUUGCCAAAAGAGCUUGAAGCAACUAGCAAAAAUAUCUUGUCAAGAGACUUGUCUUAAGAGAUUUAUCCACAACUUUCCAUGAAUGAGACAUUUGUCUAGAAAACAAUCCGCUUUUGCUUAAAGUAAUUUCGUAGCUUGAGAUUGUUUCAUCUUUGCUUGUGGUCUGUUUUUGCAUAUCUACUAAACAUUUAUCAGACAGACUAAUGCUGGCUAAUUUUAUAGAUUGUGUUCAGUUGCUUCCAUGAGGAAUAUCAUCUUCUGAGCAUUCACC